ACGUGCUCAAUUGUAGAAUGGCGAGAUAUGUCAUGCGAGACAAAAGAUGGCGUUGGAUCAGAUAAACUGGCUAAAGAGCCAGCUGUUUGCAAAUUGUUAUUGCGUGAGACUGGCCUAGAUGGUGACACUAACGAUAACAAAAGACCAGCGCUGGACACCAAUACUGGAUGUUUUGAUGAGACUGUAAACGGUACCGUCCGAACAUACUGUGAUUUGCUGUGUCCAAAUGCAGAUUCGGUAUAUCUGAUCAAACGUGAACCACAAGUGCAUCGAUCUUGUUUCGCAUUUUAUACACAAGGCAAAGAGAAACGAGGAAACGACUGGUUCAUGUGGAGGAGUGGGAAGUGUCGUUUAUCAGAGAUCACAUUCACAAUCAGAUGCGAAUUUGCAUUCGCACGUAAAGCAUUCCCGAACGACGAAGAACUGUUCGCGAAAGUACGUAAACUUACGUAA